AUGCAGACUUUGCGCGCAGUGGGCUCUGCCUUCAGCUUCCGCUGGAGUGGAGGCCGCAGCGGACUUGGCCGUGAAACUGCGCUGCCUGCUAUACUGCAGAGCCGCUUCCGCGGGCCAACACGGCAAGAAGGGCCGCCGCGGGUCCCCUCUGUUCUGCACAGGCUGAGAGAGGCUGGCUUUUCGGCCACAAGGCCAUUUCCAGCGAAUAAAAGAGAAUCCCAAAGAGCGCAGCAGCAGCCGGAAAGCGCAGCAGCAACGCAGCAGCAGCAGCAGCAGCAGCAGCAGGUCUUCUCAGCGAGCCGAAGUGCCCCUUCGGUGUUCAGCAGCAGCGCCGCGAGGUUCCCGGGGGCCUCCAGGGGCUUCCCACGGGCUGCAGCAGCCAGCCAGUUCUCGCCUGCGCAGUUCUUCUCCACUGACUCUUCAGUUCCCGACUUCUACUCCAUUCUCGGCGUGAAGAGAAAUGCCACUCAAGACGAACUCAAGAAAGCCUACCGCCAGACGGCGCUCCGGUGGCACCCCGACAGGAACCCGAAUAACCGGGAAGAAGCUGGAAAGCGGUUUCGAGAGGCGAGCGAGGCCUUCGAGACUCUGUCGGAUCCGGCGAAGAGGGCGCAGUACGAUGCCUCGCUGGAGGCUUCGUUUCGGCGACCUGGGGUGGAAGCUGACCGGCGCUUCCUUUGGCCACCUCACGGCCGAGGAAGCGGAGCUUUUGUUUCGCAAAGUCUUCGGAGGAGUUUCUUUGGAACAAAUUCUGCAGCAGGCGCUGAGCCAGAAAGCCGCUUUCCGCUGGGCAGGCGGGGUGCCGCCGCAGCGGCACGAGGAAGGGAACCUGAAGUUGGCACUCAAGUCAGCUACUUCUCGCGCAACGGCCGAGUCGUCGAGAGGCGCACAACUACGAGGCGCUUCCCAGGAGGCGGCAUUCAAACUGAGACUACGGAGCGGGACUUGGGGCCUGACGCGAGCGCAGGCGCGGAAGCCCCAAGGGCCGCGAGGGGCGCGCAGAGGCCGCGGCAGCCCAACAGCUCUUUCGAAGAGUGGCUGCACACGGGCGCUCAGCACAGGCCGCCGGAGAGAAGAGACUCUCAGCUCGCGAGUCCGCUCCAGCAGAUGCUCUUGGUCGCUCGGGAGUACGCGAAGCUCACUUGGAAACUCAUAAAGCUUUCCGCCCUCCGCGCCGUCGCUCGCGCCGUUGUCCGCUUCGUCACGCAUGUACUGACACGCCGCCGCUAA